UGAUGAAAAAGAGUGUAGAAAUGUGGCAAGAGAUGAUGAUGAAUGAAGAAGCAGAAGAGGAAGAAAUUGAGAGAUUAUUUAUGGGUGUUAUGGGAGGAUAUAAAGAUGCUUUCAUGCCGCCAUUGACAGAUUUUUCCACCAUUAAUGAGAUGGGUACAAGUUCAUCAAAUGGGAAUAAGAGGCACAAAAAAGAAGCUCCUCUUGCUGAUGAUACUAUGCACAAGGAACGUAACAGAAGAGGGAAAAUGGCUGAGUUGUACUCUCUGCUUCAAUCCUUAGUCCCAACUAUCUCCCACAUACAUAAGGCGACGAGAGAGAAGAUUGUGGCGGAAUCUACAGAUUACAUCAAAUGUCUUGAGGAAGAAAUAUUGAGGUUGAAGAAGUCAUUAGUGGUGUACAAACCAGCUUUAUCUCAAUGCAGAAACAGGGUUUCUUCUGUUAAUGCUACUGUCUCGAAAGGAUUAGCAUUUUUCGGGAUCCAAUUUCAGCUCACACAAGGACUGAUGACUAACAUCUUCUCGGUUCUUGACAAGCAUCAGGCUGAGGUUUUGGCUGCUAAUAUCUCUGUAAGUGACCAUCAGCUAACAACAUUGACAGUCACAGUAAUGAUAGGAAAUAAUGAGAGUAAUAUCGUAGAGACUAUUCGGAGAGAAUUGCUUCUUUUUUAG